AUGCUGCGACGGUCAUACGUGACGCUGCGUCGAAAAGCGUCGGUUGUGCUGAAGGGUCAACUCAACCCCCUCGAAGCACUCACGCAGAUACAACUAGGGAUUACACCAUCGCUUCCCCUUCAACGUGGCUUCCUGCUGGAGCAUUGCGAGCAGCAUCUGGAGAAGCUAGGUAUCACUGAGGGAAAGCUCCUCGCCAUGGAUGGGCGACUCUGCACUCAGCUCACGAAGAGGAUCGUGUACGAGCUCUACCUCUCCGUCCCGUUCCGUGUAUUCACGUUUGACAUGGAGUUUACUGGACCACCAGUGUUUACGGCGGACGGACCAACAGAGGACAUCACGGAGCUGGGAGUGUACUCACCCCUUCUCGACGAGGUGUUUUCAUGUCUCGUUCAGCCUGUCUGCGGUCGCAAGCAGGGCCCAGGGGUCGAGGAGCUGACGCACAUUACGGACGCGAUGUUGGCAAAAGAGGGCAUCCCGUUUCUUGAGGCGUGGCAGCGGUUCCUUAAGUUUGUCCAGACACCGCAGCCAAAUGAGAUUCCCGGCUCCGAGGAGCGAAUCCUGCUGCUUUCCCACGGUGGAAAACUCGCGGAUGUGUCUCUGAUCAAGUGGACACUCGAGAAGUUCCACAUGGAGCUGCCGUCCAGUUUUGUCUUUGGAGACACAAUUCACCUCAUCCGCGAUGCACAUCGACGACGGCCCGUCACCGUAGAUAAGCACCCACCGUCGUGGAAGCUUGUGGAUCUUGUACAGUGGCUGCACAUCUCCCCAACUCUAUCGGCACAUCGAGCGGGCAAUGACGCUCGCAUGACAUGGGACGCUCUGUAUCACACGCUGCUUCGCUACGGAGACGAUGAAAUGACACCGCGUGAGCAGCUCGUGCCGCGCUUUUUCGAUGCGGAGGCGAAGCAGCGCUUGCGCGAGUACACGACACGGCAGGCACAGGAAAAGGACUCGCUUGGCUUGGAUGGCACGUUCCUCUUGGCCGAUGCGCCACACUGCGCUUCAGCGAGACAUUCAGAGCACAGCGAUACCGGUAACUUCGCACAUCGUAGCGCCUCGUAUGACUCUGGAAACUCUGGCAAGAGUGGAGCAACGACAGACUUGCUCGAUCUCGACUUUGACGACAUCUUCAGGGGACAGAAUAAGGUGGGCGCCAGUCCACCUAUCGAGGAGUUCAAGGUGGAUGACAAUGAGGACUUGGACAGCAGUGCCAACGGAGCAAGUGACCUUACCGCUUCUCAAACGCUGCUAUCGCGUGCAGCGAGCUGUCCUGCUGCUUUCUCCACCGACGCCGCAGAGGGUGAUGUAGGCGAUGUGAAUACGGCGUCAGCAUCUGCACUGCCACCGAAUCAGGCCGCGAAGACGGCCACCUCAGACAGGAGAAAAGUGAAGGUGUCAGACUCGUUACGCAGCAAAGGUGCCGCUGAGAAGAGGAGCAAACUCCGUGGCAGUGCGAGUGACCCCCCCGCUGCCGCUACUGCUGCUAUCUUCUUUGUAUAA